GUGUGGAGCACCUGGUAGUCAGUCAUCGCCCGGACUCGGUGGAGCUGCGCAUCGUUACGGAGCGCACAGUAAUGCGGACGAAGAAGGGCAAAAACGAGGGGAACAGUCCGUUUUUCCGCUAACGUCCCGGCGGAUCGGGCCUUUGCGCGGUCGCGCAGGAUGAUUUAACGGGGAUUACGUCUACGACACCGCACAGGGGGGAGAAAACAGGGGCAAUUCACUGCCUUGGAAUCAGCUCCGUGGCGGAUAUUUCCCCGACAAAACCGUAACCCAUAUUUGUAUUCCCAGUUCCAAACGCGUGGAAUAGUCCGCUAAAAAAAACGAUGAUUCCUUGAACAUCGCUUUCUGUUUUUUUUUGUUGUUGUUUUUUUGUGGUCGCAAACUCGCCAUGGUGGACUCCCCUACCGCGAGAAAGACUUUAGUGGUCCCAGACAUCAAGCCGUCGGAUGCAUAUGAUCGUACUCGAGCAAAGAUAUGCGCAAGUGUCGGAUGGCUGUUGGCGAAGUCCUACGGCGGUGCAGAGAGUGUCCCCGCAGAGCUCCGUGACCCCUUCUACUGUGACCAGUAUGAGCAGGAGCACCUUAAACCGCCGGUCACGCGCCUCCUGCAGUCCUCGGAGCUCUACUGCCGGACGUACGGCCUGCUACUGGGAGGCGGCGGCGGCGGCGAGGCACAGCCCAAAGACAACGGCGCCCUGCUGCAGCUCCUCGCUGAGAGGGGCGUAGUCCCCAAAGACCAGGGCAAAGCGGCGACCGAUGCAGACCUCCGACACAAACCCAUCAAAAUGAGUUCUCACCUGGCAAUGAUGGAUGCCUUGAUGGCGAUGGGAGCUAUGGAGACGGUGGCUGUGGUAAAGAGGCGUGGUUCUGCCGAGCUACCGGGUGGAGCCUCGAAGUGGGAGGAUGCUCUGCUUCAUUGGGUUAACGAGUUAAACCAGAAGUUGAGAGAACGCACUGAAGGAGCCCAGAAUGACGCGUCUCAGGCAAUUACGGAGCCCGAACCCGUUCAACCCUCUUGCCCUACUCGCUGGUACUGGAAACUUGUUCCUCUCCGCUACAGGAAGGAUAAAACGCAGUCCAAACAAAAGCCCAUCUUUCCAACGGUGGAUGAAGUGAAAGACCUGUCCACUGGUUGUGCUGUUGCUGCAGUCAUACAUUACUAUUGCCCCGGCCUGCUAAGACUUGAAGAUGUUUGCAUGAAAGAGUCCAUGUCCGUGGCGGACAGCCUGUACAACCUGCACUUCAUCCAUGAAUUUUGUGACAGCUGUCUGAAGAGUUGCUGUCACUUGUCGCUGGAGGACAUGCUAUACACGCCACAGGAGCUUCAGGUCAAUUUGCUGAGCUUCUUAGCAGAACUGCUUAGCUGGUUUGAGGUACGAAGGCCAGAAUUUGUUCAACCAAUAGACAAAUUGGAUGGAUCCACACCAGUAUCACAAAGUAGCUUGAGUGGCAGCAGAACCUCCCCUUCUAUCUUCAAGAAGCCUUUCCUCCCCAUCUCCUCUCCUGCGCCAGGAUCUUUGACUCAGUCUACCUCAAUGUCUCAUAUAGAAGGAGUUGGAAAGACAUGGAGCAAAAAACCUCUCAGCCGCCCCAUGUCAGCGGUGUCCUUCAGCAUUCCUUUUGGCCUGGACAGCGAUGUGGACAUUGUGAUGGGCAACCCCGUGAUAACCCGCUCUCUGAGCUCGGACCAACUCAACCCGGCGGGCCAAAACGUGAGCCGUGUGCCCCACACCCCUCCUGAAGACCUCAGCCGUUUGCUGAGCAAACCCCCCGGCUCCAACGGGCCACCCCGAGCUUCUUGGGCCACCCAGCCUCAGAGCGUUCCAAGGAUGGCAGAGGAGAACGGCCUCGUGCCGAGUGAAACGGGAGAGCUGCCCACCAUCGAGGAGGCUCUCCAAAUCAUCCACAGCAACAACAAGAUGGAGCCUCGCUUACACCCCGAUGGUGCUCCUGAUGGUUUCUACCUCCACUCUCCCGAUGACCCUGCUAGUUCCAGACAUAACAACCCGACCCCCACCAGCUGCUCUGCCCCCACGCGCUCAGGAAUGAUGUACCGGCCCGCUGGAGAGUCCAAGGCCCCCGCUCGCAUCAGAAACCCCUCUGAAGGUUCUCGAGACGAUGACUCGGUCUUGAGAGACGGCAGCGUGGACUCUGACGCAUCGGAAGACUUUCCCAAAACGCAGUCCACUCCAACCACCCCAGCGGCCGGGUCAAACUCCGCCAGGGCCCACGGCCGAGAGGCGCCCGAUAGUGGCGUGAAGAUGACCAGCUUUGCGGAACGCAAAAAGAAACAGAUUAUGGAUUCACCGAAAGCCAGCGACCACGCGGCUUCUUCUCAGAUGACCACGUGGGCGCAAAAGUCCGACGAGAGCCCGAGCAACAGCCCUCAGCUCAACAACGAGGUGUCGGAGCUGGGAACCCGGCUUGAAGAAAAGCGCAAGGCCAUCGAAGCCCAGAAGAAACGCAUUGAGGCCAUUUUUGCGAAGCACAGACAAAGACUCGGGAAGAGCGCCUUCCUGCAGUUGAGGAAGGAGCAGAGUGACGGAGGAGGGGGCGAAGGGGACGGCCAGAUCAGCACCGCGUCCACAGCAGAUGACCUCUCCCGUGGGACACUUGAAGAAAGGCUAGCUCGAAUGGAAGAGGAAGAGCGGCAUGAACAGCGCCCCUCGGUGGAGGAUGACGGUAAUGUCAAAGUAGGACUGCAGCUCAACAAACAGGCCGGUCCCUCCAGAGAAAGGGCAGGUACGCCAGGAGAGAAGGGCUCUGGGACUCGUGGUGAGAAAGCGGCACCACUCGGGGACUAUAACAACGCCGUGUCCAAGCUAACUGCAGCGCUCAGCUCUCUGCAAAGUGACAUGCAGCGGCUGACCGAGCAGCAGAACCACUUGAUCAAGAAGAAACCCGCAGUUUCCGGCCCUCAAACCUUCACCCAAGCCCCUUCACGCCACUCGCGGGAAUCAACCCGAGACUUCAAUUCAACCUCCUCCUCUCCAUCCCACAGAUUAAUAAACCACAGCACUCCUCCUAAAUCCCCCAAAGUCCAUCGCAGAGCCCAAUCUGUGCCCCCCAAACCCAGCCGUUCCUUGGACGUUAAGGUCCCGGCCCUCUCAAGGGUCAUAACCGCGCCUCAAAACGUGGACCGCAUUCCCCACCGCCGUCGCGUAGAGCAUUUGCAAUCCCAAAACCAGGCUUUGUCCUCGCUCUCAUUUGGCGACUCGGACGACACGGAUGAGCUGCGCUCAUCUGGACCAACUCCCGCCACCACACCAAGACCCAGCCCCGUGCCGACUCCUGCCCCUACCCCCCGUCCCGAUGACACAAUGUCCGAGGUGGGCUCCAAUGACGAUCACAGUAUAUUUAGUAUGGACCUGGAGGCCGGGUCCCCGCAUGGUUUUUUGGCAAACAAGGAAAGGAUUGCAGAUGGGGGCUGCAGCUCUGGUGCCCCAUCAGAGUGCUCCUUCGAGAGCGACGCCACGGCGGGGAUGUUGAACGGCAAACGCAGUAGCCUGAUAGAGAUCUCUCUGCGAGGAAACGGGGAGGAGGACAGCCAAGUGCCGGACGCUUUCUCUGAUUCAAUGAGUGAACUGACGGAGCCCGAGGGCAAAGGAGGUGUUGGUUUCUUUUUCAAGGAUGAAAAGGAGCGACCAGAAGAUGAGAUGGCCCAGCGACGAGCAGCUUUGCUGGAGAAACAGCAAAAGAGGGCAGAAGAGAUGAAAAGACGCAAACUUGAGCAGGAAAAAGAAAAAGAAUUAAACAAGCCUCAGUGGAUGAUCAUCGAAGGCUGGGCAAACAAGAGCGAGGACGGGGCCAAAACUCCAGGCACCCCUCCGACUGCGCGCACCCCACCUGUUGAGGGGACGCCUCAGCGCAGGGGAGACUUCACUCGCCUGGAGUACGAGAGGAGACAUCAGCUGAAGAUCAUGGAAGACUUGGACAAGGUGCUGAGGCAGAAACCCACCACGGUCCGCGGUGUCAAGAAGCAAAGGCCCAAGGCCGUGUUCAGAGACGACUCCGUCCUCUCUCACAGCCCUAUCAGGGGUUUCAUGGGCACCAAGGUGUACUCCCGCUCAACCAUGAACCUGUCCUCCAUGGCCAAUGACUCUGGCGGCCUGACAGUCAGGAAGUCUCCCAGCCGUUCACACUCUCCCGGCAGGCUAAUGUCCCCCAAACGAGCGAGUGCUCACAACGGAGAGAAGGAUUGGGAAAAUGGCUCCACUAUUUCCUCCCCUGCCUCAAUCCCGGAAUAUACAGGACCAAAGCUGUACAAGGAGCCUAGCUUUAAGUCCAACAAGUUCAUCAUCCAUAAUGCCAUCACCCGCUGCUGCCUGGCCGGCAAGGUCAAUGAACCACAGAAAAACAAGAUUGUAGAGGAGAUGGACGCGAGCAUGGGCAACCACUUCCUCAUCCUCUUCAGAGAUGCCAGCUGCCAGUUCAGAGCGGUUUACACCAUGAACCCUGAAACUGAGGAGAUGGUGCGGCUCACUGGUAUUGGCCCACGGAUUAUUGCACCUGAGAUGGUUGAGUCCAUUUACAAGUACAGCUCCGACCGCAAGCAGUUCACCGCCAUCCCGUCCAAAACAAUGUCCAUGAAUGUCGACGCUUUCACCAUCCCUGGUCACUUUUGGCAAAAGCGCCCAGGAACUCCCAAGAAGCUUGGCACCCCCAAAUAAUGCCAAGAGAGCUGGGUGACGAUGGGUAGAGGCGUUACCGUUCAGGAAACCAGCUCCCCUUUUCCUCCGUCAUAGCCAAUGAGGAACUGAGCUGCUCAAAAUCAGUGGACAGCAUGACUGGUUGGGCUAUGGGCCAUCUAUCGACUUGGACCCCGAGAGCAGUCCAGUUAUCUCAACAUGCCCAGAGAAAGGGGACAACCACUCACUCAUUCAGCCAAUGUAGUUAAAAUAGUUUAUCUCCAGAGGGCCUUUUGAUUGGCUCGGCCCUCGUCUACGAUUGUAAAAUGUAAUGCGACUAAUUCUGUUGGGAUAAGGAAUUAUCUUUCCCUUGUGCCCUGCCUCCUCAUGCCUUGCCUUACCCCCGCCCCUGGAGUGAUUUUUGCAACUCUUACGUAAGGAAAAAAAAAAAAAAGAAACAGCAAAGCAAGGACAGCCACACUGCCUUUGCCCACACAGUAUUUUGGGCCAGAGUAGUUUCCGCCCCUCUCCAUUCUGCUUGCUUUUCCUUUUGCUGCCUUUUCUUCUUUUUUUCCAGAGCUCACCCUCUUUAGUCUGGUGGCUCAGAUCAGAGAUCUUAGAUUAAAUGGCAGAAAUGUCUGUUCUCACUCAGAUGUAGGCCACACGCUAACCACUCAUUCCAUUCAGGGGUGUUUUCACUGGUUUGUCAUGACCAGAAAAAGGAGGACAAUGGGUGGUUCUUCUAUGGGCUGGUGGUGGCGACUGUGGUUGUCAUUGGACUUGCACACUUAAAAACAAACAAAAAAAACUGCCUAUGCUCCCGUUGUUAGCGCAUUCCACUCCAUUCCAACUCUUUCAGCCGUAGACAUCUGGAUGUUUUUUUGAUACUGUUUUGACAUUUCUUUGCUGGACAAAUUGCUUCAGCCUCCGGGAGCUGAAAGAAGAAUGAACUUCAUGUAACUUUUUCCACUUAAGUUGCUUUCUCAUUUUCAAAAUGUGAUGAAUUGGAAUGUUAUCUGAGCUUAUCUUGAAAAAUAAUUACUGGAAAAAUUAAGGAGGGCUUUACCAUGUCUAUUAUUUCUUUGAUACAGCUAUUUGUGAAAAUGAUAAUCAAUGUUGAUUUAAUAUAUACUGAAUGCUGAUCCCUUAGAUUUUUUUGACAAUGAUUUGUAAAAAGUAAGUUAACCUUUGUAAGCUCCGAAUAAGCUAGCCUGAUGCUUAAGCAUUAGUGAGAUGUAUGUUUGAGAAUGAGUGUAAGAGAAUGAAAAAAUAUUGUCAAACAACUAAAAAUUGCUUAAACCUUUGUGACUAGGAGUCUGUUUGCUGUUAUGAUUCCCUGUUUGUGUGCAUACAAACAGUAGGUUUCGUGUCAAAGGAUCAUUCUGGGCUGUAACAGCCCUCCUCUUCUCCCGUCUCGACGCCUCAUCAUAUAUGACUUGAGUAAUGUAAGACGCUAUUGUAAAACACUUUGGCUUUGUGUCCACGCUGUUAGAAAAAAAAUCAUUGGUCCCCCAGAUGCUUCUGAUCAGAUCAAUCACAUCACAAAACCUGUUGGAAAUUGGGUUUCUUCUCCUCCUUUUACAGUCUUUACUGCAGCAGCUGCUGUUGUGCAGCUGUCUUUGAAAUCACUCACUGCCUCCAACAAAUGUGGUGUUUGAAUGAGAUUCAGGUGUGGGAGGAGAAAUGAUAAGCGCUGCAUUCAGGAAAUACGAUUUAUAAGUGAGUGUGGAGGAGUGCAUAUGGAAUUGGUGGAUGUUUGUAUUUAUGCGUUUGUGAAGAAUAGUAUGUGGUAGUUGAACACUUAUUUUUUUUUCCUGUGCAAUUCUCCCUUAGAAAUCCCCAUGUUACCCAGAGGUGUAUUUAUUUAGUUUGCAUUAGAUGGUACAUUUGAUGUUUAGUUUCAGGGUAUUCUUCAUGUCUUUUUAGGUGGUAAGUCUCUCAUUCAUUUCAUAGAAGUUGUCAUAACAUUUAUGUUGUUUCCUUUUUCCUCUAUUAUCAAACAUGUGCCAGCACAUUGUGUAUGAUCAUUUCAUAAGUUGACUAUCCUUGGCAACUAGAUGAGACAAAUAAAAAGAACAUUUUAAAAUCA